AUGAGGACGUGCAAUGAGACGGGGAUGUGGGUGUUGACUCAGAUGGACUCGCACCUUUACUAUGAAGUCCUGCUGUGUUCCUCCAGCCUGAGCUAUGUGGUCAACAUGCUCCUGAGUGGCCCCUUGGUGCUAGCCAUCACCAGGCCACCUUCCCUGCUGAGCAAACUGCGCUUCCUGCUUCUAGUCCACCUGCUUUUCUGUGACAACCUGCAGCUGCUCCUCAAAACCACCACGGCGGCGCUGUUCAUCUCCCAGUCGGGCAUGCUGGUGUCGCAGUGCCUCAUCCUCAUAGCGGCCACCCAGGCCUGCUCCAUGGUGGAGAUGCUCCUUAGCGCCGCCCUGGCUGUGGAUCGCUGCGUGGCCAUCAAGUGGCCCCUGCGGUACGAGCUCCUCUUCAGGCCCCGCUGCAAACAGGCGCUGGUGGUGGUCGCGUGGGGAGCAUCCUUGUUCCUCUCUGCGGUGGCUCUGUGCAUGGCGCUCACCCACGUACAGGUCAAUGCUGACCUGCCGCGCUGCCGCCCCCUGGUGGUGGGCCGCUGCCUUUCUGAAAACUUGGCCCUGCGGGCGUUCUGCAUUUCGGUCAGUGCCCUGGUGCUGCCAGCCUCCUACCUGACCACGUUUGGCUGCUUUCUGCUGCUGUGCCGGGACCUCCACGGGCUCCCGCACUCCCGCCGAGCUGUGGUCACCCUGGCCCUACAGGCCAUCCAGAUGCUCUGCUACUCGGUGCCCGUGGUGCUGAACAGCUACCUGCUGCCCAACACCCUGCAGUACGACACCUUGGAAAUCGCCGUCUCCAACGCCUACAACCUGGGCAUUUCGCUGGUUCCGCUGGUGUACGGAUACCGCUCCCGGGAGCUGCAGAAGAGACUGCUGCAGACCCUGCCGCGCAGUGACAUCAGUCCUGGUCAAUGA